AUGAUUAGGUUGUGGGGUGCGGAGAAAAAGGAAGAAGAGGAAAGAAGGGACGGAUGGAUUGGAGGAGAAAGAGGAGGAGGGCCCGGCAGCCGUGUGUACUGCAGACAGGUUACUGAUGAUGUUUGUUUCUCCCAGGCCUGUACCUGUGCAGGGGGCAGAUUCUCCUGGGUGUUACAUAAAGGAGCUAUGGGUCUGCCGGGGCCCGACGCAGCCUGGAGGACACAUAAACUGAGCUGGAAUUACCCAGGCGCUGAGAUAUAUACAGGCACAGCAGCAUUGCUUAUUCUGGCCGAGCCCAUUAUAUCCACUCUGCUCCUGAGACGACGAAGAAGAAGAGGAGGAGAAGGAGGAGGAGGAGGAGGAGGGGGAAGCAGGGACGGGAGAGAUGAGCCCAUGGGAGCAGAAAAUGUAGAUUAA